AUGUCUGCGCAGUACUCUUACCAGGAUGUUGCCGAGCACAACACCAAGAAGGACCUCUUCCUCGUGAUCCACGACAAGGUCUACGACUGCACCAAGUUUGUCGACGAGCACCCUGGUGGUGAGGAGGUCAUCCUCGACGUCGCCGGCCAGGAUGCCACCGAGGCGUUCGAGGACGUCGGCCACAGCGACGAGGCCCGCGAGUCUCUUAUCCCCCUGCUCGUCGGCGAGCUGAAGCGCCAGCCCGGCGACCCUGUCCCCAAGACCACCACCACCAACUCUCCCUCCGUCAGCUCUUCCACCACCGGCGGCGGCUUUGGCCUCUACAGCGUUGUCGCCAUUGGUGGUCUCAUCGCCUACUUCGCCUACCAGUACCUCCAGGCCAAGGAGGCCAACCAGGCCCAGGCCGCCUAA